AUGUCCAGUACCAUUUUUUAUCGGUUCAGGUCCCAGAAAGACCUGUCUAGAGUUCAGUUUGAUGGUACAGGAAUUACUGUAUUUGAUUUGAAACGUGAAAUUAUCCUUCAAAACAAGCUUAAUUCGAACCUUGAUUUUGUCUUAACUCUACUCCACUCAGAUACAAAUGAACCAUACGAUGACGAUAACACAGUCAUUCCCAGAUCUUCCUCGGUAAUAGCGAGACGAAGUCCUCCUAUGAAGAAGGGAAGAGGAACAGCAGGUAGAUAUUUGGUCGGAAAACCUCGUAUCAACAGAACAGCUCCCUCUGGCCCCACUACAGGUGCUCCUGCUCCAACAAACCUGACCGGAUUAUCUGAGGAAGAAAGAAUACAGUCUAUGUUCAACCAGCAGUCCCAGAACUGGCAACAGCAUCAAGAGGAGCUUUCCACCCACACUCCUGUUCAUUACUCAAAAGCAUCAGAGGAUGCCCCUCCUCCUGGAUAUAUCUGUUACAGAUGUGGUGCCAAAGAUCAUUGGAUCAAGAACUGUCCUACAAAUAACGAUCCAAACUGGGAAGGAAAACGAGUCACUAGAACUACAGGUAUUCCCAAAACCUAUUUGAAAACAGUAGAUAAAGAGGUAGCCGAGAGCUCAGACUCUAACGUAAUGAUAAACGAAAAUGGAGAAUACGUGGUAGCCAUGGCCAAUCAAAAAGCUUGGGAAACUUACCAGAAGAAACAUUCACAGUCAAAUACAAAUAAGGAGCUUUCAAAGCAGUUAUUAAGCAAAGUCACCGAUGAUCGAAUGAUAGAUCCCAUAACGAAAGACCUGAUUAAGUACCCUGUCUUGACUCCUUGCUGCAAAAAACUAUAUGGAAAAGAAUCAAUUGAAGAAGAGCUUUUGAAUGACGAUUUCAAAUGCCCUAAUUGUGGUCAAGAAGAUAUUUUACUGGACUCUUUGAUCCCAGAUGAUGAUCUGAAGAAACAAAUCGACGAGUUCGUAAAAUCUAACUCACAAAAGAGAGAGCUAGAGGACGAUGAAUCCCCAGAUGAAAUGAACAAAAGACUCAAGUCUUCAAUUCCUGCACAGAAUUUAGCUGUUCCACAAAUUCCUUUCAUGCCGAUGAUGAUGCCUUUUCCUCUAAUGGGAGUGCCCUUUAUUCCCCCUACGAAGAAAUAA